AUGGAUGCCAAAUUGGGAGCAGCCUUAAUGGGGAAUUACCCAGUUCUGGAGGGAAAGCCAAAAGUCUACCAAGGGGUCCGAGUCAAGAUCACAGUGAAGGAGCUUCUGCAGCAGAGGAGAGCCAAGCAGGCGGUAGCAGAGGAAGCUGGUUUCCAAGCGGAGUCUUCCCCAGCCCGUUCCAGGUUGAAUCCACAUUCCCAGCUAUUUCACAAACACAGAUGCUGGACUUACCUCCACUCUGUUUCUGGAGAAGGCUGCAGCAGCGUCCAAAUUGCGGAGUCUUUCUCUCCUCCUUCUACAGCCCCUUUUGUAGACGGAGGCCUUGAGUCCCCAUCUCCUGCUGGCUGCUUGCAGCCGUGGCCUUUCCAGAACUGCCUGUCCUGCGAAGAGAUCCCGAGUUAUUUGGAACAACUGGUGGAAUCCUGCAUGCAGACCGAGCCACCUCUGGAUGCCUCAUUGGGUGUCGUCCCGGGCAGCUUAUCUUGUUCGCCUGAGAGCUAUCAACCUGGCCUCGUUUGCAUCAACCAAAGCCUGGGACCUGGGUCCCCGGACUCUUCGGAUCCUUCCGGCUCCUUCGAUUGCAGCUACUCCUCACCGCAGCCACCUCCAUAUGUGCCCACCAGUUACAGCACCCCUUCGCCUCUGGAGGCCAAGAGCUGCAUGUAUCCAUCAUCAGAGGGAAUCCCCUUCCAGUCGCAUGACACGCAGUAUCACGCCUCUCCUUGCUGCUGCACGUCUUGCGGCUCCCAGCACUUGGACAGUUUCAGAGUCCCCGAAUAUUUCCCUUAUGCAAACACGGACUGCAGGGAAUACCCUCCGUCUGUCUCUGUGGGAGAUGAUUGCUUCGGAAGAGACAGGCACUGGGACACCUGUUAUAGUUAAAAGGGGAAAGCAUCUUCCUGCUGCUGUAAAUGCAGGGGAUCCAUAGACUGUGAUGGCCAAAUUUUGUUGGUUCCAAAGUCCACUAAAUGCUGAGUAGGUUUUAAAAAAAUCAUCACUUUAGAGUGUGCAAGCUUUUGGUUUUCAUAGCAUUCUUCAUUAGGCUAACUGGGAAAGCAGUGACCUUUCCUUUUCAUGUGCUAUUAAAAAGGGGGGGGCAUCAGGGAACCCAAAUUCUGUGCCAAGCAAAGCUGAACCCUGUAACCUGUCUAAUGAAGGCAAACAUUUAUACUUCCUAUUUUGUAUAACUUAUUUUGCCUUGACCGGUUGUGGGAAAAAGCAAAAGGCUAUGCCGGCCCCCCCGAAUCCCCACAUCCUCAUAACUGGGCCCUUUUUAUUGAGCAGUUGGUCUGACUUUGCAGCCUCAUCAAGUAGGGCUCCUAUGUUUGCAGGUAUAUCGCUAAAAUCAUAAAAGCUAGAAAUGAUCACGUGGAAAAUGAAAAUAAAGCUGAGAUUUCCACACAGCAACACAGCGUAUUCAGCAAGGACCCUGUGCUUCCUGAAUUUCGUGAUAUAUGUAUAAGCCAUAAGAGAGAGAGAGAGAGCA